AUGGAGGAUCCGGUGAAUAUAUCGAGCUCUUACAGUGGAGAGCAUAGUACAAGAAAUGAUCUGGAAAGGACCGCGUCGAGAUCGAGGUCCCCACAGCGUCGCCGACAGCGUGGGUCUUCACAAAAGGCAAUGCUUUCAAAAGCAUUGCAGAAAGCGAAUACCGCGGUGUUGCUAGAUAACGCCGCAAAUUUUGAAGGCGCCAUCGAAGCCUACCAAGAUGCAUGCGAGUUGUUGCAGAAUGUCAUGCUUCGCAGCAAUGGAGGGGACGUAGAGAAAUAUAAGUUGCUGGAAAUUCGUAAAACGUAUCUGAACCGCAUUCAAGAACUGCUCCGAAUACAAUUCCCUUCCAAUCCAAAGAAAGACAAAGCCCUGCCCGAAAGACCACCGAGCGGCCAGAGCCUUACACCGCAAGAUGAGGAACCGGUCAAGGAGUACUUUUAUGACGAGGAGGGCGAAGAAAACGAUCGUUCUAGACAACACAUUGAAGAUGACGUGCCGCCACUACCUAGCUUGAGUAACGUGCGAUUGCCAUCUAUGUCUGGCGGAGAUCUCAAUCUCUCAUUUGAAGAUUCAAAUAUCGGCACUGGUGGCUUCAACACACGGGAAAGCGAAGUUGUUGCAGAGCAGCAUUCCGCACCUCUCUCUGCCCACCCAAUAUCUCGUCGAGGCUCGGUGGAUCAUCAAGGAGAUAAUGAAGUACGAAGUUCAACGGCGCAUACAUCUUAUUCUUCUGACGGACAAGCUCCUAUUUUUAAUGAAGGUCAAUCUACAUCAUGGUUGGACACAAUCGAUGAAUCUGGUGCUUCGUCUCCUGUGUCCACACACUCGAAAUUAUCUUUAUACUUGGGCCAUUCGCAUCACGCAAGUAAUGGUACUGAGGCAGAGUUUGACGCUGCGCUGGAUGCUGCAGUUGAAGCAGCCUAUGACGAGGGUUUGGAACCCGCGGUGAACCAGCAGGGGGGAUUUUAUGAUGACGAUGAUUACGAAGAUCACAAAGAUGACGAUUACGACCCGGAUGAUGUAGUAUCGAAUGUUAGAAGAAACAUUGAAAUCGCCAAGCAGCGAGUUCGGGAAGCUGAGAGGGAAGCCCAAGCUGUUAUGGCACGAGGUUUGCAGCAGCGGCUCAUGAUGGAUGAAACCACCGUGAUUUCCGGCUACAAUGCUAAUGCUGAUUAUAUUGACGACGAAGCCGAGGAAGAGGAACGAUUGUUAGAAGAGAUGACGAAAGGCUAUGUGAUGGAUGAUUUCGAAUUCAAUCUUCAUGCCAAAACUGCGCUGCCUAGACAAUCGGACUCAAGUACGAUCUCUGGCAGAACUUGGGGCAGCUCGAUCACAUCGAAUUCAGCCACUGCCGGUACCUCUCUUUCGACGCUUGCAGAAGAAGGUAUCUUGACCGCUCCUGAUGCAGCAGCGCCAAGUAAGCGACUUCCACCUGUCCCAAAGAUACCAACAGGAAGCACACACCAACCAAUUGCCCCGAAUAUGUCACCUUCUGCUGGUGUACGAGCUCGUCGCUUUUCUGGUUCUAAUACGAAACAACUGAAAAUCGAUACUAAGCGUGUUGCUGCAGGCUAUGAGCCUACCAAGAAAGAACCCUAUACAGCACACCCUGCGGGAUAUCCAUCACCAGUACUGCAAGCUGAGCCCAAGACAAGUCUACCAGUAUUGACCAGUUCGAUGUCUAAACCAUUACCAUCUGGACCUCUUGAAAAGAAGGGUUCGUUCGAUGUUUCCGCAGUAGGCCAGCGUAGUUCAAGUCUGACAAGAGUACCUACACUUGAUGGAGAGGCUACCUCGCGAUCCGUACAAUCUUCUCCCCCAAGAACCAUCAACAAGAUCAUUUCUGCUCCCGGCUUACUCCGCAAGAACACCUCUUCAUCGAGUUUGGCAGGCAUGAGAGCCAGGAACAUGUCUGUGUCCACCCCUGACGUUUCGAAUGGAUCUCCAAAUACGCCGUCUAGCAGUGUCUUCCCCGCCUUUGACUUCCAACGGCAGUUGGCAAAUGGUCUCGUGCCUGCAAUGCCGACGCCGAUCGGGACGUCAUUCCCCUUGAUGACUUCCAAAAGCCUCCACCUAUUUGAUAAUGAUAUACAUUCGCCCACCACACCCGGAUCACCAAGCUCAACAGUUACUAAUGCUCCUAUACCCUUGGAACCUUGUCCGGAAUCGUUCUUAUUGCGCCCUUUUUGGCUUAUGCGAUGUCUUUAUCAGACCAUUGCACAUCCACGUGGCGGAUAUCUUUCCACCAAGCUGUUUAUACCUAGGGAAGUUUGGCAUGUAAAAAAUGUCCGGAUCCGGGCUAUAGAAGACAAAAUCUCACUCUGCGACUUGUUGACUGCAGCUCUCCAGAAAGUCGGUCAAGUCGAUACAUAUGAUGCGGAUGCUGUUUUAGAAGAGAUGCAAGCCUUUGAGAAUAUCCUAGACCAAGCUCAGACCGCAUUCUCGAAGAAGCUCGGUAACGAGGUUGGGGUUCAAGGCGCACUUCCUCUUUUCAAGAACGCAAACAACUCGGACGAGUCACCGGUGAAUGCUGAUAGUUUGGCAUCAAGGACUCCUAGCCAGUCUAGCAGAUCCGUUCUUACCUCUUGGAGAAAACUUCGAUCGAAGAGUUCGGCAGCAGUGAACAACAGUGCAAGUUCGUCGACACAUAGGGAUAGUAGCAAAGGCGGUCUCAGUAUGAGCACGCUGCCAAUGACAGCGUCUCCUCCUAGUGGUCGCUUCACCAAGCGGGACGCCACGCAGCUUCAAUUGAGUGGACCGAAUGCGAAUUACAUGGGAGCUCUGGCGCGAUUGUUCGAUGCCGUCCAGGUUCUGGACCAAAUCGCGCGCCAAGUCGAAGAUCCUGGACUCAAGCAUUCGUCUCCAACUCAUGUAGGACUUGAAUUGAGUACUCGUCACGCUGCAGAAUUCUUUGGAUUUUACAUCUGCCGAUUCGCUCUGAAUGAUGUGGGCUUGCUUCUCGAUAAAUAUAUAAAACGAGGCACCGAGUGGGUGCUUGUGUAA